UGAAAAAAGGAAAAAAAACUACACAUGGAGGCAAUGAUCUAUCUAUCUGUAAAAGUUUACAUAAAACAAGUAGCUUUGUUUUUUCUUCAGGUUUCUUUUUAAAUCAUUUUUCUCUCACUCACCAUUGCAAUUGUAAUUUUCCUAUUCACAGAUCCAAAGUCCUUUCAUUUUCUUGGAUUCUGAUUCUCCCAAAUUCAUUUUUUUCUUGUGUGGGGAAAUCUGCAUCUUUGUCCACCUCUUUUAUUUUCCCAAGAAAGAAAACAAAUUCCCACAAUUUUCUUGUCUUCUCUUCAACUUCUUCUUAUAAGUUCCAGCUUUUUUUUUUUUUUUAGUUUCCCCAAUUAUCUCCUUUUCUUGUUUGUUUUUGAGAUUUCUACUAAGAAACUGAGCUUAAUUUUCCCGCGGGAAUUUUCUUAGAAUCACAAAGUUUCUUUUUUUUUUGCUCUCGUGAAAGUUUGAGAAAUUUACUUCUUCAAUGGCGUCAAGAGAAGUAUCAACGAUGAUCAAACAAGGGUUUAUCGCAGACCCUUCUCUCUCUUUUUCUCCGUCAAGAAUCACAUCUCCUGUUAAGCUCUCCUCUCCUCCUCUUCCUCCGCCACCUCCUCCGCCGCCGCCGCCAAACGUAUCGGCUCACUCAAAUCCGACUCUUUUCGACAUGAUGUCAGACGAGCACAACCGCGAGCUACCACGAAGGAAAUCUCACGCGCGUGUGGCUCAAAUCUUGACGGAGUUCAAGAACGGCGUCGUUUACGGCCAUAGUCUCGGGCCAGGCGACGUUAAGCUGACUGUGGUGGGUAAAGACGGUUACAGAGUCACCAUGGAUGUUCAUAGGAAGGUUUUAUCAGAGAAGAGCAGGUUUUUCAUGGAGAAGAUGAAUUCUAGAAGAGAGAAAGGAGUAUCUCACAUGGUGGAGAUAAGUGAGUGUGAUGAUUUAGAGAUUUAUAUAGAGACUGUGGUUUUGAUGUAUAGUGAUGAUCUCAAGAAGAAGUUGAUCGGUGAAAAUGUCAUCAAAAUCUUGGCUUUACUCAAGGUUUCUGCAGCUAUCUCGUUUGAUGAAGGAGUUAUGUCAUGUUUGGAGCAUUUGGAAGCUGUUCCUUGGUCUGAAGAUGAAGAAGAGAUUGUUGUUUCUUGUCUUGAAGAGCUUCAUCUUCCUGACGAUUCUGUCACUUUGAUUCUUCAGAGAGUUUCAUCUCAACCUACCCCUUCCUCAACGAGAACUAGAACCGAUGAUAUCUUCUUGAAGCUUCUCACUGGUGUACUACAAGCAAAAGAUGAUAAAGCUCGGCGAGAGAUGAAAGUUUUGAUCUUUAAAUUGGUUAGAGAAGAAGCUGAUUAUGAUGUCUCUAAAGACACACUCUAUGGUUUGUGCCAUCGAUGUCUCACGUCUCUUGUGCUUUGCUUAUCUGAAGUGACCACACAGAUGAAUGAUCCGGGGAUAGACCGUGGUGCUCUGAUGGGAGAAAUCGCCAGAGAAGCUGAUAACAUGCUGUGGAUGGUAGAUAUAUUGAUUGAGAAGAAACUGUGCGGUGAGUUUGUGAAACUAUGGGCGGAUCAAAAGGAGCUAGCGAAUCUUCAUUCCAAGAUCCCGACGAUGUACAGACACGAAAUAAGCAAGAUCACCGCGCAGAUAUGUGUUGGUAUUGGUAAAGGAAGGAUCUUGGUGAAUCGGGAGACUAGGUUUGCGGUUCUGAAUACAUGGUUAGAGGCUUUGUAUGAUGAUUUCGGGUGGAUGAGACGGUUAUCCUCAAGAUCUCUGGAUAGGAAACUGGUGGAGGAUGGACUCAGCCAGACCAUAUUGACCUUGUCGUUGAGACAACAGCAGGUGAUUCUAAUGAAAUGGUUUGAUCGAUUUCUGACCAAAGGCGAUGAUUGUCCAAAUGUUCAGCGAGCAUUUGAGGUGUGGUGGAGAAGAGCUUUCAUAAGACAGGUCUUGACAGAGCCAGAUGCGCCGCAGCUGCAGAUUACACUCUAUGACUAACUCAAAAUAGAAUAAGAUUGUUACCCUCAAAAUGUCAAAUCUUUGUUUUCUUUCCUUUGAUAAACUGUUACUAAUCAAUUUCAAUGGGA